CGCUUCCGUACCCAACCAAAGCAAAUGACCACGGACCCUAAAUCCCGGCCCUGUAAUCGUGGCCUCCUCAUCCUCCUCCUCGCUGCCAGUGCCGAGCGAGACGCCGCCGCCGCCACCGCUUCCAUCACCUCCACGCCGUCGAGUCCCAAGCCGUUGCGGGGCUGCGCUUCGUCUCCCCGUCGUCGUUCUCCCGUCGCGGCAGCCCGAGGGGAUGUGAUUUAAAGCACAAGAAAAUAAAGACCUCUCUUGUCUUGGCGGGGAGCUGGUUCAAAGAAGCAGAGCGCGCAUCAUGCCACAGGUCGUCCCGCUGCUCGCGAUCCUCUUGUUGCUCGGGAGGUCUGCAUCGGCGGCUGUCGGGGAGUGGGACGGUGCCGGCAGCGAUUGGUCCGGUUUGACCAUCGCCGCCGAGGACACGUGGCCGCCCGACUGGAGCCUCCUGCACGUGUUCGAGGGCCGGGUGGGCAGCGGGAACUUCACUCGCCUGCGCACCGACCACCCGGGCAAGCUGGUGCUGUGGCUGGAGAGCCUUACCGGGGACGCUGACCUCUACGUGUCGGACAAGACGCUGCACCCGACGUACGAUGACUACGAGCUGGCCGCCACCUCGUGCGGCCGCGACGCUACCGUGGUGCCGGCCUCCUUCCAUCGGCCACUCGGGGUGGCCAUAUACGGACACGUGUUCUACCCGGAGAGCGAGUUUCGCCUCUCAGUGCUUCUCGACGUCUCUGUAACCAAGGACCACUUUGCCAACGACGGGGUGUGGCCGGGGGAUGAAGAUGAUUACGAUUACGAGCGAGAUGAUUCCACGAGGCCCAAGACCCAGCAGCGUGCGGAGGGAGGCGAGCAUGAGUCUCUCAUUUGGACAAUUUUUGUGGGGCUGCUCAAAAUCGUGUUUGAAGUUUUGACUUGAUUCUGAAAUAAAUAAUACUGCUCAUCAUAGCAGUUUGUGUAGAAUCAGAUUCAUUUGCUGUGUGGAGAUGAUUUGUUUAUUUUUUGUGGAGAGUAAAAGGCACAUGCGAUGAACCCACGCUCGAAUGUGUAAAUUAGUGAUUUGCUAAGGGUUGUGAAAAAUAUGUACAAGUUUGGGAUAUGAAUGUGUUAAAUAGAAACAUGCUAUGGAAGUAGUGUUUUGCUUUCAGUCUGUUAAAUUCUCCAAAAAAUAUAUAUUUUAAAAGGGGGUUCAUUGCAGAGAUUAAGACCUGUAUUCUUAGUCACUGCGUGGCUAAGGAUUCGCUCUGGCUCGAGUGAGCUGGCUCAAAGCUGUGCUUAACUUGAGCCACCUCCUGGGCCGUGGUCCUAGCCAUGCUCAGGAUUUCCAUGAGCUGAUCCUGAGCUAAGCCAUGGCGGAGUCAGUCAUGUGUCUUUGAAGAUAACUUCGCUCAGCUGCGUCAAGCCAGAGCCAAACCAUGACUAAAAAUACGGCCCUAAAACCUUAAAAUGUAUUUUAACCUACAUGAUGCACAGCCAGUUGACAGCAGUGAGCACCUUGCAUUUGGAAUGCUGUGAGAUCAUGUCCUGGUUGGGGGUUUCACUCGGCCUAUCAACCCAGCGGGGUGCAUAAAAUUAGUACGAUGUUGUAGGGGAAGUCAUCUGGAUAUAAUUGACCCCACUAUAGGAAUGUGAAAUUUUCACCAUUGGCUCAGGGCUGUAAACAGAAGAUGAGAACCACCACAAUGCUCAUUUAGGUUGGAAAUCGCUGCCUUUUUUUAAACAACCUUUUGCUAUAGCCAUUUCACACAAGUUGCAACUCUUGUGCAGUACUGAGGGAGAUAUUUAUCACCUAAGUGUGUUCUGCGUCGUAAUGUAAGUGAAGUACCUUUCUGAUUUGGGUAAAUUGCGGGAAUUUUUUUUGGUGUUUUUAUGGAGAACCCUGUAACAACUGAAUAUGCAGAAGUUAAAAACAAGCAACUUGUAUGUUGCGAUGUGACAAAGUUGGAAAUUUCUGUUGUAUUCAACUUCUCUGGCAACAUCAUUCCUUCUCAAGAUCAGCCAUAGGUGAAAAAGCCCUUGCCAUGUGUAUGCUACCUCUUGCAUAAUAAUGAGACACACUUUGCAACAACAUUUAAGCGCAUUUACACAAAAAGGUGGGAAUGUUGCUCAGGUGUAAUAGUUUGCAAACGUGACUUGCAAUCCAGAGGUCGCUGGUUCAAAAUCCAAGCGUGGCAAUUGAAACAAUGGUGCAAGUUUACCAAAUCCCCUCCCCUGACCUCCAUCCUCUGUCGCCCAGCAGUGUAAAUAAGUAUACCGCAGCAAAUCGGUCGGUUGCUUGUGGUGGGGUAAAGUGUGGGUCGUCUCACCUUCCAGGACAUUAAGCCGGUGCAGAAGAGUCUGCUAAAUAACCACGAGAGGUGCUCUCGGGCUUCCUAUAAUGGAGGGCCUUCAGCCAGAAGUGGCAUGAGCAGGCAAUUGCAGGACUGCGCCUUUACAUAGGAAUCGCUUACAUUUGGUGUCUGCUUGAACGAUUACAGCUGGCACCUGUAGUCUAUUGUUGCUAUUUUCAUAUGAAAAAAACUUUAAUAUUUUGACAACUUGAAGGUUUAAAGAAAUGUUGCCUUAAUUGUAUUUAAAUAGGGUUGCUAUAUACUGUAUUACAAUGUCUUAAUAAAUAUCAAUGGAUCGA